CACCCUGUAUCGUGAACACCCCCCACCCCAUCAUCCCCUCGAGAGUUAAAACAAAAUCCAACUCUUCAUUUUCUGCUACAUCUUCGUACUUGAUCGCAAAAAUCAACAAAAGAAAAAUGAGCCGAACUCAAAACGACGACGAAUCAUAUAUGCCGCCGCAGAGUUGAACUGAAACUCCGUUUGAAAAAAGUGGAGAGAGAGAAAGAGAAAGAGAGAGAGAGCGUAGAAACCGAGAAAAAAAAAGCUGCUACAAAGAGAGACUUUUGGGUGUUGUUGUGUUUCGUGCGUUGGAAAAGGGAGAAAACGAAAAGUCGAAAACAUGGGAGAGAAUCAAAAGCAAACCAGAAUGUCGGAAGUGAAAGACCCGGCGAUCAAGCUCUUCGGGAUGACGAUCUCUCUGCCACCGCCGCCGCCGCCGCCGCAAGACGGCGACGCCGACGUUUCCAUUUCUGUCUCGACACCUUCCCAAGACAACAUGAACACUUCAGGAGUAGAACUUACGGGCGAUAAGCAGGAAGUUGAAUCCACGGUUCUAAUUGAUGAAGAGUCGGUAGAAGCAGUAACCUCUUCGGUAAUUAGUGAAGAUCCCUCGAGGACACAGAGUCCAGAUAAAGGAACAGGAUCAUCGAGAGAUAUCAAGAAGGAUGACCCGAGUGAGUCGAAUGAGUCUCAAGAAAAGACACUAAAAAAGCCCGAUAAAAUACUUCCAUGUCCGCGUUGCAAUAGCCUGGACACCAAGUUCUGCUACUACAAUAACUACAACGUCAACCAGCCCCGCCAUUUUUGCAAGAAUUGUCAGCGGUAUUGGACUGCCGGGGGAAUAAUGAGGAACGUUCCUGUUGGCUCGGGCCGACGAAAGAACAAGAGUUCUGCUACGAAUUACCAUCAUAUAAUGGUUUCUGAUUCCCUAAAUGCAAAUGGGGCUGUCCUUGCGUUUGGCUCGGAUAACCUUGUUGAGAAACCGCAGAAUUGCGGUCCGAAUGGAUACCGUGGAUCGGAACAAGUCCCCGCUUGUUAUGGCGGGAGGGAUACCGUGAAUGAACACUCUAAUGGGCUAGAGAGGGGAGGUAAUGGCGGUGUAGCCGAAUCAAUGUGGAAGAACUUUCAUGGAUUUCCACCUCAAGUACCGUGCUUUCCCGGCCCUCCUUGGCCUUGCUCGUGGAAUCCCGCUCUUAAUCCUUCUAGCUUUCCCGUGUCGUUUUACCCGGCUGCUGCUGCACCUUACUGGCGUUGUCCUUGGAACGUGGCGUGGAUCUCCCCGUCAUCUUCUUCCGAUCUCUCAGCCCAAUGCAGUAGCCCAACGUCUCAAACAUUGGGGAAACAUUCUCGAGAAGAGCCUCUGGGGACGAGUAGUGUCCUAAUUCCUAAGGCUCUUCGAAUUGAUGACUCGAGCGAAGCAGCAAAGAUCUCUAUCUGGUCAACAUUAGGAAUCAAGAACGAAAAAACCGAUUCACCGGGAGCAAGUCUCCUGAAGGCCUUCAGCUCAAAAGCCGACGAGAAAAACCACGUGGCCGAUCAUUCUUGGUUGAUGAAAGCCAACCCUGCCGCUCUGUCUCGAUCACUCAACUUCCACGAGAGCACAUAAACCGCUGAACCAUCACAACUACCUCGAUCUGCAACAAAAGAACAUAUGGAUUCGGAUCGUUUAAGGUAAUGCAGCUGCCAGUGAAGUCAUUUCAUCACCGAGAAUCGAGUAUAUAUGUUGAGUAACACUCGCUAAGGGGAAGAGCUCUUACUAAUCCUUUCGGUUAGUGACUUUUUUGUUUGCGUUUUGGCAGCGGUAUGUGGAAUGCUGCUUCAAUUUCGAUACGAGUAUAUAUAGUUUGUCAGUGUGUUUCAUGUACAUAUAUAUACAUAUCUUUGACAGGCGACCAAAUAGACACAGAAAUAAGAGAGAAUCUUGAUUGCACUAAAGCAAAGAAAAGUUUUUGCAGUCUGUAAAUGUAAAUGUAGUAUAUCCUUGGCCUUGGUAUCCUCUUUUUUGUAUCUUUUACUGACUGAAAGUGGCAUUUUAGAUAUUUCCAUCU